AUGACAACUGCCGUCAGUGUGCCGUCAACACUUCCUUCCUCUAGGGUUCUCUCCAUUGAAUUCCUCCAUUUCCCUCUCUCUCUCCUCAUCGAGAAGGUGUUGGAUUUGUAUAUUCGUAGUCCUACUGAAAAACCCAUCAAUGAAUUUACCUCUAAGAAUAGAUUGAAGAAGAUUUUGAAUUCUAAUAAGCCACCUUUUCAAAACCAUGUUUUUCAAGAGGUAUUAUUGUUGAUUCUUGAACCCAUUUUUGAGUCUAGAUUUUCUUCAAAGUCUCAUGCUUUUCGCCUUGGUAAAGAUGCUCAUACUGUUAUUACGACAAUUAGAAGUAAUUUUGCUGGAUAUCUUUGGUAUAUAAGAGGUAAUUUGAGUGAGAUAUUGAUCUUGGUAGCUUUGCGUAAGUGGAAGAAUGAACGUGCAGCAUAUUGUAAUUUUGAACCAUGUGCAUAUGCAUCUUCCAAGUCAUGUGUACCUUCUAAGCACAAUUCAGCCCAUGAUUCAACACUUGGAGAUAUCUAUGAAGAUGUAAACCAUGCACGUGUAAACCACGAGGCAAGUGUUGACGACACACUGACGACAGUUGCCAUUAAUGGUAUUCUAUAUUGUAUUUCCAACGCCUCUACCGCUUUAUUUGACCAUUGUUCUUCAAAUUUCGAAACUCGACAAUCGACAGUUGCUUCAUACCCACACUCAACACUGAGCCCAUGGCCGCUGAGCUCCGAAAGCUCUGCCAUUCCAGCUCCCUCGGUAGCCGAGCCUCUUCUUCUCGUAAAAACCCUACAGUCACAGGAGAUACUUAAACAAGACGACGCCGUUUCGCCUCAUCUCUCCGACUCAGAUGACCGCUCACGUGAUCACCGCUCACCCUGUUUCAUCUGCUCCCUGUUUUUCUCCGAAGAUUCUAGAAAUUCUCCUUCUAAAUUCUCCCUUUUCUUCAUCAUCUUUCUUGUCCUUACUGGAUUCGUCUGCGUUUCUUCCAUCAUUCGUCGCUUGAUAUGCAAUGCAGUGGUUGUGGCCAAAAUAUUGAAUGCGACACUUAUAUUGCCGGUGUUGAAGCAAGACCAGAUUUGGAAAGACCAGACGAAAUUUGAAGACAUAUUUGACGUUGAUCAUUUCAUCGACUACUUAAAGGAUGAUGUGCCAAUUGUUCGUGAUAUUCUUUUACUUAAAGAAUGGUUCCCAUUUAUAGCAAUUAGCUCUUCAGAAGCAGAAAGAAGGCCGGUGCCCACUUGAACCUGGGGAAGUGGCUGUGACGCUUGACCUUAUUUUUUCUUUUGUGUAUGGUGGGUAAGAGAAGCUUGAUGCCUUGACCUUAUUUUUCGUUUAAUAUCUAGUGCUUGUGUCCAAAUUCGACUCUCCCUAGUCCCUACCGUGUUUGAUAUAGGUAAACUCGGAUUUUACAAGUGUCUUGAACAGCAUAACAACUUUUCUUAAUCCCAAUGUCAUUAAGUUCACUCCCAUUUUACUGGGGGUUUGGGGGUUGGAGCCUUGGAGGUACGAAAUCUUACUCUUGUCAGUGAUAACAAAGAAGUUGUUUCCAGUUGAUCUUUUUUUAUUCAGUGGUAAGUUAAAUUCCUACAAGCAAGGGGAAGAGAGAAUUAAUCCUUCUGUAGAAGGUGGUGACAAUCGAUCCCUUGCCGCAAAAUUGAAAGGAAAAGCCUUCAACCAAUAGGCUAACUCAGGAUUAUUGUUUCCAAUUGAUCCUUGGUAGCAAAUAUCGCGUGCAUCUUCACAUACAUAAGAAGUGCACAUGAUUUAAUGAGUCAUGUUUAUAUAGUUGAUUAUAAUUUGAAGCCAAAGAACUAUUUUUGGCCACCCUUCGAAAUAAGAGACAUUAUCUUGAACAACAUAUUGGAAGGAAAAACAUAUAGAUAGAGGGAGAAGUAAAAAAUUAUAUGACGCAUACUUGCAUGUAGGCUUACAAUAAGGGAUGUAACUAGCUAAGUAGUAAGCCUCUGAAGUAAUUUAACUUUCUGUAAUGUGAAUAUUUGAUAGGCAUGUAAUCCUUUUGAAAUCAGGAACAUGUUAUAUGAAACAGCAACCCUUCAAUAGUUUGUGCCCUGGCAUUUUAGACAUUUGUUUAUGUGGCCAUGCCCAUCAAUUGUAUCUUUGUCUGGAUAACAUUCUCAGGAAUUUUUACAUACUACACUUCAGUAUGAUUCCAGAAACAAGUCUGUUCAUAAUUUAGAAAGAAAAUUUUCAUUCUGAUCAUUAAUGAAUACAGCUGUACUCAUUCUUUACCUAAAAUCAUGCUGAAAUUGUACCAAUUCUUUUACAGGUGACAAAAGAAGAAUGGGCAAGUAAGGAGGAGUUGGAUGGGUUCAGAAAGCAUGUCACAAGCCUGGCAGUGCUCGACUUCUUGGUUUGCUUGAAGUUCGUUAUGACCCAUGGAGGUAACGCUAAGCUCAUUAUUGGCUAUAGGCGAUACAUGGGCCAUAAGUUAAGUCCAUAAAACCAGACAAGGGCCUCAUGUCCAAAUCAUUUGGGGACCCUUACAUGGGUUGGGCUACCUUUGUUGAGGAUGUUAUUGUGACCCACCAAACAAGGACGGGUUUACCAGAGGAAACCUUUCCUAAUUAUGAUCUAUGGGAAAACCCUUUAACCCCUUGCAUGUAUUGGGCAUGAAGAAGAGUGCACAUAAAUAGAGUUUGAAAUCAGGUUUCGCUAACGAAAAAAUUUCGGAGUCCCUAGCUCAUAGCAGAUGCUUCCCAUUUUCAGAUGAGUUUUAAGGAUCAUCUUGCGGGAAUUGCUGUAUUGACGCAGUGACGCUCUUUUUUUCGAGAUUAUGUUUAAAAGUUUCGUGCAGAAGUCGGACAGAAUCUGGAGGUUUGUGAGUAGUAUUCAAAAGGAGACUGGAGUCUGUUGUCGCUAUUUUAUAAAGGUUGAUACAGAGGACGUGACUCGAGAGA